GUGCCGGUGGUACGUGGGCGCGGGGCGGGGAGUGCCGGUUGCGUGCGGACGUUCCAUGCGUACUGUAGAGAGUGGAUAAUCGGUCGAUACUCGGCGGACCGCGAGCAAUGCUGGUCGAUAAAAACCACCCGGGGCGGCGGCCCGCCCCGAUGAACCUAACCAGCUACAAUCAGCUGAUGGCCCACGCCGAGCUGGGCCGACACGGGCCGGCCAGCGGCGGACAGAGAGAGAUGUCGCCCGGCCGGGAGGGCGCCGCCGACGACGGCUGCACGCUCCGGAAGGCGGUGCUCUGGUACUGCAAGGACACGCUGCUCAGCCGCUGGAACUGGAAGGAGCGCUACUUCAUCCUCACCGCCGACUACCUCUCCUGCUUCAAGAAGGCCAAGAGCCAGUAUUCGGACAUGGGGGCCUUCCUGUUCAAGCUGCCGCUGGCCUCUCUGACCGGUAUUGAGUGGCAGAGAAUGCGGGGCCAGGCGGCCGUGGCCAUCUGCGACCCACGCGAGGGACGCAUACUGAUCAGAGCCACGCAAGACGUCUUGGACCAGUGGUACAAGGCUCUGAAGCAGGCGUCCGAGAGCAGCCGCGAGCGGCGGCGCUACUUGCGUCUCUCUAGCACCAACCUGUCAACGCUGGGGCUGGCAGCGGUCGGCGGCGGCGCGCGGCCAGCACUCAGCGACUCCAGCCCGGCCAUCGACCGGCUCUGCGAGCGGGUUGAGCGCGAGGUGUGGGGUGCCGGCGGCUCGGCCGGCCGCCUCAUGCGCCGCCAGAAGAGCGAGCUCGACGCCGGUGUCGUGAUGAGGCGUCAGCUGCACUACGCCAGCCAGAAGCGUCUCAACCGGCACUCGAUGAUGCCCGAGAUUGACAUCUACAGCCCCGGUCAUCAAGUCUCCACUGACGUCAUAAGUCGCAGCAACAUCAUUCGGAGACACAAUGACUCUCUCGACUCAGCAGGUCAUUCUCCUUCCACCACCCCCUCCAAGUCAUCUGUCAGCAGCUCCGAGGGCUCCUCCGUGCAGCUGAGGGGUGGCCCAGGUGGCGCUAGCCUCUCCCGUGGCGCCGGUAUAGAUGGCAGCACCACCGGCCAGCGGACCAGCUCCGUACGCCGUCGGAGUCGGGGCCGCACGCCCACCGGCGUCCACGGAGACCAAAUACGGCCGCAGAGCAUGGUCUGCGACGGAUCUGGCGACUCGACCGAUGUGGUGAUGCGCAAAAAGGACCGCACCACGCAGCUACGUCAGGAAUACCGCGUUCAGAACCGGCGCAGCUGUGACGUUACGCUCCUAAACCGACGCUCAGCCUACCUGGCCCAGUACGAACAUUGAGCCGGCGGCGGCGAAGCGGCGACACUGCGCUUGACCCAGCUGGACGAGGAUGAGGCGGACCUGACUCAACUCAACCUUACUCAACUGAACCCGGUUCAUCAGAGCUUCCAGGGUUUCAGCGCGCUGCGAACUGAACGCCUGCUGCGGAUGCCAGGCUCCGUCGCCAUUGAUUCGGCUGAAGACUCGGUGAGCCCAGACAGUGCCAGAGUGUGAUAGCCCGUGUGGUGGCAGUUGUGCACAGGCCACCCGCCGCUGCAGGCAUGGAAAGUUGGAGCAAUGCUCCGCGGUUUGCGGGACGCUCAUCUGAAAGGCUUUUAACCAGGUCACAACUCACCAUGUCACCUGCCGACAGGUGCCAAACGCUGGUGGACAACGUGCAGAUAUCUAGAUGUGUUUAGCAUGGGGUAGCCAAGUCUUUGUGCAGGAUCAAGCGCGAAAAUGCGGAUUUGUUGGCUCAUUUCCUGGCUGUGCAUGCGCCGGUAUUCCAAACUUGUUUGUGUUUCACGAUAUCCCAGGCGCGUUUUCGGCUGGUGUAGUGAACUUUCAGCUGCUGGUGACCUUGGUCUUGACCUGUUCACCCUCUGUCCCUGUCUGUCCCUGCAUGCUAAGGGUAGACCCAACCUUCCGAAAAUUUGUUCAGGAUAAUCUCUUAUUGUCCCGUGCAUGGUGCGUGAUUUGUGUCGUGUUUACGCAUUUAUUUAAUGUUCGUUAACCUAUGACACAAUGUGAUAAGUGUUCUGUGUUAACAAUAAACCGCCAAUGUCG